AUGCAAAUAUUAUUAAAAAUACUCCAAUUAUAAAUAAUACAAAAUUUUCAGACGAGAAAGGAAAGAAAAAAAGUAUCAAAUUAUUUCUUCAAUUAGGCAACAAAGUUAAGAAAAUACAAUAUGAUGGAGAUGUUGGCAUACCAACAUUAAGAAUAUUAUUCAUUGAAAAAUUUCAAUAUAAUCCAGGAAUGAAUGAUUUUCCUCAAAUCUAUAUAAAAGAUCCAAAUGUUGGAAUAAUGUAUGAACUAGAAGAUUUGAAUGAAGUGAAAAAUGAUUCGGUGUUGGCUUUAAAUGUUGAAGACUUUGAACAAAUUAAGAAAAACAUUGAUCAAAAUAUUGGUGAACUUACCAAGGAAUUUCGAGAAAUAAAAAAAUCAUUUUCAGAAAAUAACAAAUUAUUACGACAUGAUGGUAUUGUUGCAAAUACUCCAUCCUCGUUACAUCUGAGUGAAUCACAUUUUACACAAUUGGCAAAUAAAAUUUUAGAGAAUGUGAGUAAACAGAAAGAUUCUGCUGAUAAAAAAGUAACAGAAGAGCUUGUGUUAAAAAUUGUGAAUGAAAUCAAAGGCCAGUAUAGAGAAGCACAAGAGCUUCGAAGAGAUUUAGGAGUGAUGCGACAAGUUUAUGCUGAGUUUCAAGAAAAUUCUAAAAAAACACUUGAAACAUUAUCAAUCAGAACAGAAAAUUUUAAAAAAGUAGCGCUAACAAAAAAAGCUUCAUCAUCGAGAACAUUUAUCGAAGCAGGUAAAGCCAAAGUGGAUAGUAAAACAAGAGCCUUGCUUGCCAGUGUUGAUGAUCUUCAAGACCUUAUUGAUAAUCUGAAAUUGGAUGUUAUUCAACGAAGGAGUAAACCUAAAGAUACAACAAUUCAGCACGUUAAAAAUGAAUCAAUGAAUGUGCAAAAAGAGCUUUCCUCAUUGCAAGAGUAUCUUAAAUCAGUUACACCAAUGUGGAGAAAGUCAUGGGAAGAUGAGUUGAAUUUGAUUGUUGAUGAACAGAAAUUCCUUAAUCACCAAGAGCAAUUGGUUGAGGAUCUAAUGAAUGAUAUUAAUAAAUUGACUGAAGUCUUUGAACAAAUACUUAAAGUCGCAAAUGUUCCCAGAGCCAAAAAAGAAUUCUUUGUUGAACCUCAAGAAGAAGGAUUCGAAGGAUUGAAGACAGUUCUUCAAGAGGUUAAAGGUAUAGCACCAGAUCAGGAAAGAAGGUUAAAGGCAUUGGAACAAGUAGAAAAACAAAGAGAAAGAGAUUUAGCCAAUCAUAUUGAUGAGUUUGAAGCCGAACUUGGAUCACUUGUAACAGAAAAUAAAUUGAAAAAGACAGGAGGAGCUGAAGAAAUAGAAAAAUUGCGUCAAAAGAAUAAAAAAAAUUUAAUGACAUUACUUAGUACUGAAGCGUCGUCAUCGUUGUCAUCGCCGCCACCAUCACCAUUAUCAUAG